UCCCCACCUCGCUCACACUCAUGAACUUUUGUCGCAGACCCGACUCUCCUCCUCCACGCAGUCCCUCCCCCGAUGUAGUUUUAUCACCUCUCCCUGCUCCCCGAAGGCAUCCUCCCCGACCCUCCCGCUUGAGCCUCCAAAACAACUCGACCACACGACAGCAGCUCCCUGUCGAAUCUAAGCGCUCACUCACUGCUAUGCGCUCUUGUGGAGAGCUCCGAAAUGUUUCUGGUGUUAGGAGCGCACCCGUCUCGAGGCCGGUCCGCUCUGCACCGAGCACGCCAAGGACAACUGCGCCCCCAUCACCCUCGGAUCCCAAUUUCCGGCGCCCGGCUAAGCGUACUCUAUCAUAUGCCGUACCCUACCGAUCUCCCCCGGCGAGUCCGACGCUUUCGUUCUCCCCUCCACCCCCUGUUCCCCCUGUUCCCGACUUUGUUCUCUCCCCGGGCGACAAGAAACCAGUUAUCCAUGCGGCCCCUCCGACCACUGCUCGAACGAGCCGCGUCUACCUGCCUGCUUGGGAGCAGUUCGGUGUCAUCCCCGAUCUUGUCGCGGGUUCAGCACCAGCUCGUAAACGGCGGGUGUCGACAUCGCCUCGUCGUGCGGACCCAGCUGCGAAGGCGUCUCCGGCCUCCACUGCUGCCACAGCGCUUCCGUCUGCACCGAUGACAUGCGCGACAUACUUCGCCCUCCACAACUCGUCGGAGCAGCGCACGACGCCUGUUAUCACGCUCUAGCCUGAUUGAUGGUGCUUGCGAGAAGACGAGGACAAGAUCAUUUGACCGAACAUUUAACCCAACCCAUCCGUGUCCGCACUGGUCGUGUCCUCACGAUCAGAUGUCGGUGACCGCGACUUUACCUUACACUCUCCUUGACGACGCCAACAUCCUUUGGCUCAUCCACCCUCCUUCCACGUAAUUCAUAUGCUAUUUUCGCUGUCGCCAAUUGUACCACCAGCACGUCUGAGCGUCACAGAUAUUAUUUAUAUCGUACCGCCUGUGGUAAUAAUUGUACCAGGACAGUAUCCCGAGUCUACCUAACUGUACAUAUACAAAGCACCGUCCGUGUUCUUGAACAAUGUCAUAUGUAUCUUGCUU